AAAUAGCAGAAUGAUGCUACGCUUCUUAGAGUUCGACUAGGUUAAUCGGCUUAUAAAUAGGCAGUGCGCUUACGGACUCAGUGAAAAUGCCUGCACGCUCUAUUCUUUCAGUUUCAUGCCAAUAGAACAUGGCACAAAUAACGGCUGUAAAACCUCCCGAUCGGAAACUCUUAACAGAAUACAACAGAGCAACCGAGAAACUCUUCAAAGUGAUUAUAAUUGGAGAUCCAGGGGCGGGGAAAACUUCGUUCAUACGCCGUUACGUUCAAAAUGCUUUCCGAGGGGACUAUAAAGCUACAAUAGGUGUGGACUUUGCCUUGAAAAUCGUAAGAUGGUCAGAGAAUCAAACCAUCAAGUUGCAGCUGUGGGACAUAGCAGGGCAAGAAAGAUUUACAUGGAUGACACGCGUAUAUUACAAAGAAGCUCAAGGUUGCAUUAUUAUGUUCGAUUUGACCAGUCGCAACUCGUUCAAAAAUGCGGUUAAAUGGAAGAAAGAUGUUGAUUCGAAAUGCUUUUUAGAGGAUGGUGCCCCAGUGCCAUGCAUGUUACUCGCCAACAAAUGUGAUUUACAGCAAAGGGAGGUGGACCAAUGGGAGAUCGAAACUCUUUGUCGGGAACAAGGCUUUAUUGGAUGGACAGAGACAUCUGCGAAAGACGACCUGAUGGUUGGUGACUGCAUGCGAUUCUUGAUCGAAAUCAUGAUGAAAUAUAAUCGUUUCCAAACAACUGACAUCUUUGGUCCAUCUUUGAAGCUUGGUAAACGAACAAUCGAAGAAACCAAUGGGACUGUAAACCAAAAAGCAAGUUCUUCUUGCAGAUGCUAACCUUCGACAACAAUUUAUUACCAGAUUUCACCGUUUUUGUUGGCUUUAUUUUUUCGUACAUUGAAACCUAUUGAUAUAAUUCUAGCAAUACGCGAACAGCAUUUCCGUGAAAAUAAAAUGUUUCUUAAUUUUUGUUUGGUUCGUGUC